UCAGAUCUCUUUACUUCAUUUAUGUUGUAACUUUACAUCGUCUCUGGUGCUUCCUCGGUUAUAAUUACAGUUUGGCUUACAAACUUUUCUCAAGUCAUCUUCCUAAUUAUUAAUCGACGGUUUUACUUCAGUUUAUUUCAUUGUCAAGGUCCACCACCAUCCUACGACAUCAUGGAAGGAAUCCCGGAAUGGUACAGAGGCCGGUGUGUGCUGGUGACGGGAGGCACAGGAUUCAUGGGCAAAGUGCUGCUUGAGAAGCUGCUGAGGUGUUGCCCCGAUGUGGAGAGGGUCUAUGUGCUAUGCAGGGCUAAGAGGGGCCAGGCCUCACAGGCCCGUAUCAAUCACAUUGUCAAAGUACCUGCUUUCGACAAACUACGCAAGGAACAACCUCAUCUCCUCAAGAAACUGGUGGCCAUAGACGGUGACAUAACCCUGGACAGCCUGGGACUGAAACCCGAAAACCGUAAACUGCUAGUGGAAGAAGUCAGUGUGGUUUUCAACGGAGCUGCCUCCCUCAGAUUAGAAGCUGGGCUCAAAUCUGCCAUUGAAAACAACACCGUAGGAACUAAGCGGGUUUUGGAGUUAUGCAGGGAGAUGAAACAGAUCAAGGCUUUUAUCCACCUAUCAACAGCUUUUUGCCACUGUGAGGUUGAUGUGUUAGAGGAGAGGGUGUAUGCCUCCCCUGCCAAUCCCCAGGACAUAAUGCGGGCUGUACAAUGGAUGGACGAGACCACGCUGGAGAUGAUCACUCCAAGGCUUCUUGGACCUCAUCCUAAUUGCUACACCUAUUCUAAAAGAUUGGCAGAGAGUCUGGUUAGCGAGUAUGCUAAUAUCAUUCCUUGCGCCAUUGUCAGACCUUCUAUUGUAUGUCCAGCUUUCAAAGAGCCCCUGCCUGGUUGGGUGGACAGCCUGAAUGGCCCAGUCGGUGUGUCGGUGGCAGGUGGUAAAGGUGUCAUAAGGUCCAUGCUGUGUCAUGGUGAGAACAGGGCAGAGGUCAUCCCAGUGGAUAUCGCCAUCAAUGCCGCUAUAUCUGCCAGCUGGGUUAGGGGCACAAAUAGCAUUUCGAAAUCAGAGCCGACCCAGGUGUACAAUGUGUCCAUAGGAGAUGUGGUGCCUAUCACGUGGGGCGAGGUGUUGGAGCGAGGUCGUAAGAUCAGCUAUGAUGUGCCCUUCGAGAACAUUCUAUGGUAUCCCAAUGGCACCAUAAGGACUAACAGGCUGGUACACUUUCUGGUCGUUUUCUUCCUGCAAACUAUGCCCGCAUACCUCAUUGACUUCUUGUUCUUUUUGGCUCGUCAGAAGACUUUCAUGGUUCGCGUCCAAAACCGUAUCAAAGUAGGCAUGGCAGUGUUGCAGUAUUUCACGAUGCGCAACUGGUAUUUCAAAAUCGCCAAGGCUCGAUCCCUUACCAACAAAAUGAACGAGAGAGAUAGAGAGAUCUUCUAUCUGGAGAAUUGCAGCUAUGAUAUCGACGAGUACCUGAGGACAUCCAUGCUUGGGGCCAGGCAAUAUUGCAUGAAGGAACCUCUGUCAUCUAUACCGAGGUCUAGGAGGAACCUUAUCAUUUACUACUGGUUGGACCGUGUUACCAAAAUAGCCCUAGCAGUUUUUGUUAUCUGGACGCUGAUUGGCUGGAUGGACUCCAAUGGAUAUGCCCUGCUACAGCUUCACAAUCUACAGAGUCUUCCAAUAAUAGGCUCAAAAAUACAUCAAUAUUGAAGGAUUGAAAUACUGGAAUUCAAGGGAAUUCAAGAUCUUAAAAUCGUUAAUCUUUUAAUUCAAGAAUGUUCUAUAAAGGUGCGUACAGAUAUACGCGCCGCAAACAUGAGCAAUUCACUUUUAAUCAGCUGAUUAUAUCUGUAUUUUUACAGAAACGGUAAGAUAUAGAUGUAAAAAGCUUGGCAUCAGCUGAUUAAAAGUGAAUUUCUCAUGUUCGCGGCGCGUAUAUCUGUACGCACCUCUCACCUUUGGUAGAGAGUUAGUGGGGAGGAUAUUUUUAAUAUUCAUCCCAAAGAAUGGACAUUGAUAUGUCCAAAGCUCCGCCAAUUUAUGUAGAUGCAUAACAAUAUGAUUAUUAUCUAUAGUUAUUAUAUUACAAAUUGCUUUUUCAUAUCAUAUACAGUUCAAUAGUUAUUUUCUUAGUCUAUAUUAUGUAAAUUCAUCUAUAAUUUUGCUGUAUUGUAAGCUAAUGUAUAUAAGUGUAUAAGACAGUAUAUAUUGUAAUCUACAUAAAUAAAGUACUCAAUCAAUCAAUAUUGACGUAUGAUUGGAAUAUUGACAAAAUAGCUGAGAUAUAUCAGUCUUGAAUUAUAGAAUUAUCAAUAAAUUGGAAUAAUGUAAUAUUGAAGAGAUGGUUCAAGUAUUCUCAGCAAUAUAAAAUUGUUCAAACCUUUUCUUUAUAUUUUCUUUCUCUUCAUUAUUGAUCCUGUUUUUCAUAUAAAUUCUCUAUUUUUAAGUCGUCUAUUCAAAUCUUAAAGUAUUUGUUACAUUUAUUAUCAAAAUGCAUUAUAGCCUAGAAUAUCAGAUAUAUGUCAACAAAAGACAUGAAUUUUAUAGUUUCAAAUUUUAUUGUUUACAACAGCAUUACACAUAUAUUAUCAUCAAUUGAGGUAAUAGUGGGGUAAACUCAAAAUAUUUGUCCUCUAUUUAAAUAUUCAAGUAUUUGUUACAUUUAUUAUCAAAGUGCAUUAUAGUAGCCUGAAAUAUCAGAUAUAUCAACAAAAGAAAUGAAUU